ACUAUAUAAUUUAAUAUUUUCUUAUUUUGGUAGGAAAUUUAACUGAUCAACAGUAUUUUUAAAAUCAAAACCCAUUGUUUGCUUUGUAAUCAAUAACAGAAUUUUGUUUGCUCUCUGGUUAGAUUUAUUAAACCACCAAAUGAAUCAUCUGAACUGUGGAAAGAAAGAAAGAGAUUAUUUGUACUGGAUUUAUGUCUUCAAGUUGCUGUCUGUCAGAAAGAGACCAUAGAGACAACUGUGAAGAUGCUGCUGUCAUCUGUCAAUUAUGAAGAAUGGCAUUUUCUGCUGGAUCUGUGCUCACAUGUGAAGGACUAUGAGAGUCAAACAGGCAGCAGUGUCCUACCAGCAUUAAAGUCAAUUUAUCAGUCAACUCCUGAAGUCUGGAUCAUAAACCUCUCAGAGAGAAAGCCUUCCAUCCUCCUAGAAGUGCUGAAACUCCAAACAGAGAAGAAACCAGUAGAGCUGAUAGACUGGACAGAUGAUGAGAGUGAAGUGAGAGGAUUCAUCCAGUGUCUGCCAUACAUCUCACAACUGAGAUUUAUUGUUUUCUCUAAAAAGAAAGAAUCACUUCAUUUUCUGGUGAAUCUGUUCACUGCAGCAUCAGAGUUUGACACAAAUACAGGAGAAAAAUACACUAAACUAUUAACAUCUGUGUGCUGCUACAAAACUUUUCCUUAUGAUGUAGGCGAUUAUAAUGAUGAUUUGGAGUAUCAGAUUGAACGAAGUAAUUUUCUGCUGGAUCUGUGUUCACAUGUGAAAGACUAUGAGAGUCAAACAGGCAAGAGUGUCCUACCAGCAUUACAACCAAUUUAUCAGUCGUCUCCUGCAGUCUGGAUCAUAAACCUCUCGGAGACAAAGAGCCCCAUCCUCCUAGAAGUGCUGAAACUCCAAACAAAGAAGAAACCAGUAGAGCUGAUAGACUGGACAGAUGAUGAGAGUGAAGUGAGAGGAUUCAUCCAGUGUCUGCCAUACAUCUCACAACUGAGAUUUACUUACUAUGUUUUCUUUGAGAAGAGAGAAAAUACUGUUCAAUUUCUGAUGAAUCUGUUCCCUGCAGCAUCAGAGCUUGACACAAAUACAGGAAAGAAUUACACUGAACUAUUAACAUCUGUGUGCAACUACACAACUUUUCCUUAUGAUGUAGAAUAUAAUGAUGAUUUUGAGGAUUGGAUUGAACGAUAUGAUAUUCUGCUGGAUCUGUACUCACAUGUGAAGAACUAUGAGAGUGAAACAGGCAGGAGUCUCCUACCAGCAUUACAGUCAAUGUAUCGGUCACCUGCAGUCUGGACCAUAGACCUAUCAAAAACAAAGACCUCCAUCCUCCUAGAAGUGCUGAAAAUCCAAACAGAGAAGAAACCAGUAAAGCUGAUAGACUGGACAGAUGAUGAGAAUGAAGUGAGAGGAUUCAUCCAGUGUCUGCCAUACAUCUCAAACCUGAGAUUUGAUCCAUUUUCCUGUCAGCGUGAGCCUGAAAAGUAUUUCCAGUUCCUUGUGAAUCUGUUCACAGCAGCAUCAGAUUGUGAAACAGAUACAGAAAUAAAUUACACCGAACUAUUAAUAUAUGUGUGCAGCUACACAACUUUUCCCUCUAAUGAGCGAUACCUUCAUGGUUAUCGGUUUCAUUCACUUCAAUCUGUUUUUCUGUUGGAUCUGUGUUCACAUGUGAAGGACUAUGAGAGCCAAACAGGCAGGAGUGUCCUACCAGCAUUACAGUUAAUUUAUAAGUCAACUCCUGAUGUCUGGAUCAUAAACCUCUCAGAGAGAAAGACCUCCAUCCUCCUAGAAGUGCUGAAACUCCAAACAGAGAAGAAACCAGUAGAGCUGAUAGACUGGACAGAUGAUGAGAGUGAAGUGAGAGGAUUCAUCCAGUGUCUGCCAUACAUCUCACAACUGAGAUUUGAUCCAGAUUUUUGUAAGGAAAAGACUAAAAAGUGUUUCCAGUUCCUUGUGAAUUUGUUCACGACAGCAUCCGAUUGUGAAACAGAUACAGGAAUAAAUUACACUAAACUAUUAACAUCUGUGUGCAGCUACACAUUUUUCCCCUGUGAUGGCAGAAACCUUAAUCUUUAUCAGUUUAACCCUGUUCAAUCUGGUUUUCUGCUGGAUCUGUACUCACAUGUGAAGAACUAUGAGAGUCAAACAGGCAGGAGUCUCCUACCAGCAUUACAGUCAAUUUAUCAGUCAUCUCCUGCAGUCUGGACCAUAAACCUCUCAGAGAGAAAGACCUCCAUCCUCCUAGAAGUGCUGAAACUCCAAACAGAGAAGAAACCAGUAGAGCUGAUAGACUGGACAGAUGAUGAGAGUGAAGUGAGAGGAUUCAUCCAGUGUCUGCCAUACAUCUCACAACUGAGGAAUGCUGAGCGGUAUAUCCCAUCAGUGUGUAAAGUGUUUGGUCCUAAGGUGAAUAGAGAUGAGGUGACUCCUCUGCUUCAGGCUCUGGGGUCUAAAGUCACUCUGAGUGAAAAAUUACCCAGCAGCACCUGCAGAUGUGUGGGGAGAGUGUUGAGUCUCUCAUCCUCAAAACUAAACCUGACUCUAAAGCCACAAGCAAUCUCUAUCAGAGGUGUUAGACGACUCUUCACACACAUCACACACCUACAGAAACUCAGUCUUGAAGACAGAAUGGUGAUGAUGAUGAUCAAAGCACUGAGAUCAUGUAAUGGUCGUUCUUCACUGAUCAUAGAGGAACUUUCAUUGAUCACAAAAGACUCAAAACAAAAUCACUGUAGGAUUGUGAGCAGCUUAACUUCUCUCCUGAGACGACUGUCUGUCCAAUUUCUGGAUCUUACUGAAUGUAAAAUAGAUGCUGUGUCUGUCACUGCCAUGUUGUGUCUUCAGGAACUCCAGACUAUCAGGUUGUCUAAAGAGACUCUUCAGCAGCUGGUUUCAGUGGUGUAUGAAGCACAGGAUGAUGAACUGACGCGCUGCUUUCUGAAGAAGGUGUCUGAAGAUCUGACUUCAUGCUCACUGACCUGGGAAGUGAUUCAGUAUCUGCUACAACAUCAACCGCUACAUUUAAAGUUAGACUUGAGAAACAGCAAAAUCUCUUAUGAAAACAUCAGAAAACUUGUGCCUUGUUUAGACAGAAUCCAGUUGAAAAGGUUGACCCCCAGUUUCAUCUCGUCCAUCAUUAUGGAGAUUUAUGAGAGUCGCUCUCCUCAGUUUGUGUCCGGUCUGUUGAGUUCAGCUGAGAAUGACAUCAACCUGAAGAACAAAGUGUUGAAUUCAGAUCAGUGUUCAGCUCUGUGCUUCACUCUCCAGCACUGUAACACUGUCAAACUCAAUCUGUUCUGGACCUCCAUACCAGAGGAGGAGCUAAAGAGACUUCUGCCCUUACUCAACAGAGUCACACAACUCAGUGUUGACAGACAGCUGUUACUGAAGCUGCUUCAUUGCUGCAGUUCAUCUGAUGACCAACAGGAGGCAGCAAAUCUUCUGCUUUCUGCUCUUCAGUACAGACUGGAUUUCUCCUCCUGCUCAAUUCUGGACCUCACAGUCACAGAAGAGAACCAAAACUAUUUGAACCUGACGAUAAAAGACUGUAAAAUAAUUUCAUAUGUGCUCCAAAACACAAAAAGUCGUGUAAAGUUGGUUUUGGAGGACUGUGAGGUCUCUGAUCCAGCAUUGAAACAAAUUCUUCCAGUUCUGUCUCAGGUCGAGCUCAGCUGUGGUAAAAAUCUUCUGCUGCAGUUUAUAGCUUGUAUUAUUGAAGAUGCAGAGAAAGGAUCUUUGAGGUGGGUUCAGUCUCUUUCUCAAGCUUUAGGAGGUGAGGUGGACCUCAGUCACACUCAGAUGGAUCAGAGAUCUUGUGAACAGCUGUCAGUGUUUCUGGAAUAUUCUGAUGGAUUGACAGAACUGGACCUCAGUCACUGCAGACUCACUGAUCAAUACAUGAAUCCACUCUUACCACACCUGCACAAGACUCAAACUCUAGAUCUGAGUCACAACAAUAUUACUGAUGAACUAGCAAAGAAAAUACACAGCAUUGUUUCCACUCACGACAAUAUUCAGACAGUACGACUUUUUGGAAACAGAAUCAGAGACAGACAGCAGUUUACCAGGGUAAAGCGAAUUGAAAUAUGGUGAAGACACUCGAUACUUAAUUUUUCAUGUUGUAAAUAGUUUGAAACAUGAUUAAGAAAAUCAACCACUAACAUGACUUUA